AUGGCGGCUUCUUGCGCCUCCACCCUCCCUUCGCUCUCCUUCGUUUCCUCCUCUUCCAGUUCACCCCGCCGAUUCAGGCGCUCUGGUGUGGUAGCCAUGGCCAGCGUUGGGCAGAAGGUGUAUGCGCCCGGUGUGUCGGUGUCGGAGGGCAAUGGCGGGCUCCAGAAAAUCGACCUCAAAUCCCCGCACGGGAGCGAGGCUGAGAUUUAUCUGUUUGGAGCAUGUGUUACUUCUUUCAAAGUCCCUAAUGGCAAGGACCUGCUCUUUGUUCGACCAGAUGCUGUGUUUAAUGGGCAGAAACCCAUCAGUGGUGGAAUUCCACAUUGUUUCCCCCAGUUUGGCCCAGGUCCCAUGCAGCAGCAUGGGUUUGCACGGAAUGUGAAUUGGUCCAUCACAGAUUCAGAAGUCACGGAAGGAGAUCCAGCUGUAACUUUGGAACUGAAAGAUGGCUCUUAUAGCCGUUCUAUGUGGGAUUUCAGCUUCCAUGCACUGUACAAGGUUUCCCUGCACUCUACAAGCUUGUCAACAACUCUAGAAAUAAUAAAUACGGAUGACAAGCCUUUCUCAUUCAACUCAGCACUUCACACAUAUUUCUGUGCUUCCAUAACUGGCGUUUCUGUGAAAGGUCUAAAAGGUUGCAAGACUCUCAAUAAGGAUCCUGACCCGAAAAAUCCUUUGGAGGGCAAAGAAGAUAGGGAAGAGGUGACUUUUCCAGGAUUCGUCGACUGCAUCUACCUUGGUGCACCAAGUGAGCUCAUCCUGGACAAUGGAUUGGGUGACAAAAUUGCCAUCGCAAAUUCAAAUUGGCCAGAUGCAGUCUUGUGGAAUCCUCACUUGCAGAUGGAAGCCUGCUACAAAGAUUUUGUCUGUGUGGAAAACGCCAAGAUUGAAAUGGUACAACUGGAGCCAAAACAAUCUUGGGUGGCAGAACAGAAAAUUGAACUAGUCUGA